GUCCCCGAGCAGCUUCAGGACGGGGAGAAGCCCCACGAGUGCCCGAAAUGUGGGAAGGGAUUCGGGUGGAGAUGCCGCCGGGUCGGUCACCGGAGGAUCCGCUCAGAGGAGCGGCCCCACGAGCGUCAGCGCUGAGGGAAGAGAUUCGAGUCGAGUUCCGAGCUGAUGAAACACCAGAGGAUCCGCUCAGAGGAGCGGCCCCACGAGAGCGAGCGGGAAGAGAUUCAAGUUCAGAUCCUACCUGCUCAUCCACCUGAAAAUGCACUCAGAGGAACGGCCCUACAAGUGUGGGCGGUGUGGGAAGGGAUUCAGGACGAGCUCCCAGCUCGUUACCCGCAGGAAGAGCCACAGCGGGGACAAACCCCACGAGCGUGAGAAAUGCAAGAGGAGGUUCCUGAGCUCCUGCAGUCUCCAGCUGCGCUGUCGUGUCCACACGGGGGAGAGGCCGUUCCCGUGCCCCGACUGCGGGAAGGGCUUCGGGACAAAGCCCGGCCUCGGCAGCCACCGGCGCGUCCGCAGCGGGGAGAGGCCCUACGAGCCUCCGUGAGAAAUGCAGCGAGAGCUUUCCGAGGAGCUCGCUGCUCUACCAGCACCAUCGCGUCCGCGUGGAGGAGAGAGAGGCCCCUUCGUCCGCCCCGGCUGCGGGAAGGGCUACGAGCGCAACUCCAACUUCGUCGGGCACCGGCGCGUCCGCAGCGGGGAGAGACCCCGCGAGCGUGGGGAGUACGGGAAGAGAUUCUCACCGAGCUCAGCCUCGACCCGACACCGACGGAG